GCUGGUGCUCAAACGAACCAGUAGCUAACGGAUUAACUGAAUUUGUGCUGAASCAAGGCGGUAAACUGUGGAGAUAUCAGGCUUUCUUUGACCAAAAUAAAAGUCAUUUAUAGGCAUCUUGUAAGUGAGUGAACGGAAUUUGUUAAAGCUAUUUAAUUUAAAGCCGUGAAGAAGAUGUUUUCAAAGUCUAAGCGUUUUCGAAGUCCAGUCACCCAUGCCCCUGCUGUAGGCAGCUAUGAUGUUAAUGCUCAGACCAAAAAUGCAGGAACCAUGAUAUUUGGUAAAAGUAAGAGAUUUUUGCAAUCAAAAGAAAAUAUCCCUGGACCUUGUGACACAAGUGUAUUUCUAGAUCUGAGUACUUGCAGUGGUUCAAGUUUUAGCAGUAAUAUCAGAAGUACCCCAAGAUGCAAUUCUAAUAAUAGGGAUAAGAUCAAUGAUCUUGAAAGAACUAUUGACAAUCUCAAAGAGGAGCUAAAUUACCUCAGGGAGCAAAAUCUACAAUUAACAACAGAACGGGUGCAGAAUCAAGGAUUGUCCUCAUUUUCUCAGGAAACACAAACUGAAACUAUUGAUACUGAUAGUAAACUGGAAGAAAUGAAGAAAGAGCUAGAAAAACUCAAAAUUGUACAUAAAUGUGACUUAGAAAACAUCAAAGCAAACUGUGAUCUAGAGAUCGCUAGAAAUAUGGCCUUUAAAUCAAGGAUCGARGUUUUAGAAAGGAGUAACCAAGAACUGUGCAAUGAUCGUGACCAAGUAGAAGAUUACAAUAGAAGACUUCAAGCAACAAAGAGUGAUCUAACAAGAGAACAUUUAGAAUUAUCUGAGAAACUAGAGAAAAAGGAUGAAGAGUUGCUAGCUCUUGAAGAACAAUUGAAACACUCAAUAUCUACAGCAGAGAAAGAAAUUGCCAAUCGAAGAACUGAAUUUGAUGCAAUGAUUACCAAACUUGCUGAUAUGACCAAAAAACUGGAUAUCAAAGACAAAGAUAUUGUUGUAAUGAAAGAAGAAGUGAAACUUAGUGAAGAUAAAGCAAAAAAAGAGAUUGAAUCCUUGAAAGGUCUUCUUGACGAAGAAGUAAUAAGGAGAAAAGCUCAUGAAGAGAAGUCCACUGUGUGUGAGGAAAACUUAAAAAAUGCAUUAAAAACUGUGRACUCCCUUAAUAGAUUAAAAGAAGAAUUGGAAAARAAAUCUCAGCAAUUAGAAGAAAAUAUUGUAAUUCUAGGACAAAGUAACCAGGACCUAUCAACUAACCAUGAAGAAGAGAAAAAACAAUCACAGGAAUUAAUCAGAAGACUUCAAAGAGAAAAGAUGGAGUUAUCCAAUAAAUUAGAUCUCAAAAUAGUGAAAAUAAAAGCUCAUGAGGAGAAGUAUGCUGAAUGUAUAAAACACUAUGAAGAAAACAUUUCAAAUCUUACCAAAACUGCACAAGACCUCCGUACUACAAACUCAGAUUUGGAAAGGAAAGURCAUGAUUUGGAAGAAAUAAUUCAUGAGUUCAGUUUAAAAGAGCAUGAUGGAGAUAGUCUAAAGAUAAAUGAUGAAGAAAUACAAAAGUGGAAAAUGAAGUAUGAAGAGCUUCAGGAAAAAGUUGAGCCAUUCAAGGAACAGCUGGAUGCUUUUGAAGCAGAAAAGAAUUUCCUUUUAAGCAAGCACAGUGAAGUUCAAAAUGAGGUGUCAACGCUAAGUGCCCAGUAUGCCAAGCUGCUGGGCCACCAAAAUCAAAAGCAGAAAAUCCAUCAUGUACUCAAACUCAAACAAGAAAAUAUUGAUCUUAAGUCUGAACUUUUUAAAUUGCGUGAGCAAUGCGAGAAACAAAAGCGAAGCAUUAAACAACAAGGCAAGGUCUCUACAGUCAAGAAAAAGUUCAGUCCUGAGGACGCUUUUGCUCCUGCUAGGAAGUGAGCAGUGAAAGACUAAACUAGUUGAAUGAUAAUUGCCAUCAUCUCAGAUCACAACAAUACAUCCAAAGCUUGUUUCAAUUAUAUUCAUUUUAAUGUUCAAAAAUGUUCAUUUUGUAAUCAUUUUCGAUAACACUGGAAAACAUCGCGCAGGUUGUAAAUUUUUCCAAAAUGAUGUAAAUUUGAUGUUAACCAUUUACAUUAAAUUUACAUCAAAUGUACAUCAUUUUUGACAUUUACAUAAUAUUUACACCAAAUUUACAACCUUUUUAAAGUGAGCCAUUUUUUCCAGCGUAACUAGUGUAAAUAUUUCUUAUCUAACAUCUAUGCAUGUAUCUAUGUAAUAUAUUAAUUUUAAAGUAACAAAUUAAAAUUUGUUUAAUUUCUGCUCUUUCGAUUUUAGGAACUGACAUGAUAAUGAUGACUAAGGGGGGUCACUAAGUUUUGAAAACUCUUUAUACUCUUCCGACACCCUGAGAGAUGCAGAAAAAUUGGCACGCUAAAAGAUUCUUAAUAACGAAUUUUUACCUCUAAGAGAUCCGAGCAUCCCUGGUACUUUUACCCCGGAGUCUAGGAUUCAGCAAAUCAAUUUCAGUUUUGAUAACGUUCGAAUUCAUAGCAUGUUUUAUCACAGCUCUUGUGCUCUUUUCCAAUUCGCAGGGCAUUGUAGUGACUCAUUUUUAUCGCUUUGACGCAUAUUUUUCCCAGUCAAUUAAAUUUUGCAUUAUGUUUUAGCCUCGUUUCCAUGCAAUCUACCCCUAAGUGCAAGAAUCACUUAUUURAUAAGAUCAAAUGCUUGUUGUACAUGCACACUUCACAUUUUUCAUAAUUAUGUACUUCUGGAAGACGGCGAGUAAAAUGGUUAAUGUUCAUUUUCUCAUCAUGUAAUGAACAUUUUAGACUGAAAUCAAAAGCACAUAGAAGUCUGAUGACUUGUUAUUUGAAAGAAAAUUGUCCUUUUCUGUUAUUUUUCGGGGAAAUAKGUCAAAAUCAUAUAUGUCACGUGACUGUUGUUUUAUACUUUUUCACAGACUGAUCCCGCGUAGUCUCCUUCGCAGCCUCCCCUUCUGUCGGGCUUGGACAGGAAGACCAACAAAAGGGGAGGCUGCGAUGGAGACUAGAUCCCGCGAGGUUAUCUGCAUUUGCUAAGUAUUAAGAGAUGAUAAAAGCGUGCGAAUUUCUUUUCUUUCUMCCAAGCAAUAGUUGGGCGGCCUAUGCCUUACAGCGCCUUGACAAUAUUUAGCGCGAAAUACACUUUAUUCCGGUUCUGGUUCAGCCAAUCAGAGCACAAUUAACAAUUGAAGUACGAGAUUUCAUAAGUCACGGCGAAACAGAGUAUUGGAAGUAAUGCUUACKGUUUACAAGCCAAAAAAAACGUGUUGCGAUGCAUAUACACYGAUUGGAUUAUUUUUUGUCUAAAUAAAACAGCAUUUUCUUUCUGAUUACCGUUUCCAGGCCAAGAACUUGCGGCACGCUUCCAGUGUUAGCACUAAUCAUUACAUUUUGCUUUAUAGUAGACUUAAGUUUUCGUAUACAACUCAAAACAAGCGUUUUCGAUUUUUUAACAAGCUGAAAACAUUUUCAAGGAGAGGGUGUUUUAUUGACUACACAUUUUCACUUCUUAAAUAGCCAUGAUUUAUAAGCCCAUGUGCARUGGCUUUACGUUCCCAUAGCAAUGUUUGUUUCUAGUUGACUUUUUUUAAUCACACUUAAAAUAACACGACAACUGAUAAUUCAGGGCACCUUAGA